AAUCUCGUCGAUCAGUUAAUUACGAAACUAACCAUACCUUCUUAUUCAGCGGGAAGUUGAUAUGGUUGUUCAGUGAAAAUUUAAGCAAGAAAUUUAAAUCCAUCCCCAUCUAUUAUUACAAUGGCAGAUGCAGAGGCACAAACAAGUACUAGUAGUCUAGAAAAAGUUGAACAUACCAGUGAAACACAAGAUGAAGAAACGUGUACAGCACAUUUUGAACCAGUAGUAAAAUUACCUGCAGUUGAAACUUCCACGUUAGAAGAAAAUGAAGAAGAAUUGUUUAAAAUGAGAUCUAAAUUAUUUCGAUUUGAUAACACAUUGGAACCACCCGAGUGGAAGGAAAGAGGAACCGGUGAUGUUAAAUUACUAAAACAUAAAAAAUCUGGUCUGAUACGAUUAUUGAUGAGACGGGAUAAAACAUUGAAAAUAUGUGCCAAUCAUUAUGUUUCCCCGUUAAUGGAGUUAAAACCUAAUUGCGGUAGUGAAAGAGCUUGGGUUUGGUCAACAACCGCAGAUUUUGCAGAUGAAGAACCGAAAGCAGAAUUACUAGCAAUUAGAUUUGCUAAUGCUGAAAAUGCUCAAAAAUUUAAAGAAAAGUUUGAAGAAUGUCAAGAAAUAAUGAAAGAAAAAUUACACAAUUCAGAAGCAGCAGGAGAUACUGAAGUGAAUGGGGAAACAGAAUCUAAGUCAGAAGAAAAAACAGAUAAGGACUCUGAAAAUAUAGCCGAAAAAUUAGGUGACAUGACUGUGAAGGACAAUAAAACAGAAAAUGGUGAUGAUACAUUAAAAACAUCAGAAAAUAAUGAGGCUUGAAAUUACUUAACUGUGAUAAAUUAGUAUCUGUGAAAAUUAUUCAGGGGUUGGAUUGAAAAUUUCAUGAGCUCUUGAUGUUGCUAAUGAAUUAUGAGCUACUUCGGACUACGCAAGCAAACAUGUGCAGAUGAUAAAUAAGUCAGUAAUUGAUUUAUGUAAUUCUCCAUGUUGGUCAAAGACAUACAGGGACGACCUAUAGCGCUGUGUUGUUCUGUUAAAGUGUUCAAAAUAACUGUUACCAGUAUUUCCUGUUAAUGUACUUUGAAACAAUGGGGGAAACAAACCUAGUGGCAUAUUCUUUCUGUUAUAAAAUAACUAUAGUAUACUGGAUUAAGAUCAGCCAUUACAGGGUAUUUAUAAUCACCCAGUUAUGUGAUUUUAUACCUGUUCUCUUAUUGUACAUGUAUCAAAUAAAAAUGAGUUUUAUAGUU